CAGUCCUCAUAUACGUACGACAAAGCCUGGAUUUGAUAAAUGUAGGGAAAAAACUAUUUACACAAGGAUAAUCAAUAAAAACGGAUGGGAAUGUGUUUACUUUUCGGAGGGUCCACUCCGUUUCAAACUAUACUUAGCUGGAGUGUAUUUUAGUAAGACUUUUUUUACGCUUGGAUACCAGUCGAGAUCCAGAUAUAACAGGGGCACUAAGUGGAUGUUUCCUCGGACGGACGCAGCUCGCCGUGAAAAUGCCUACAAUACCGAGUAUACCGGGUGGAUCUGGGGGGAUGCUCCGCUCCAGGCGGAGGGACGCAAAUGCAAAACCAAAUCGAGUACUGGACAGAAAUUCCAGUCGUGGAAUGAUUUUUGAAAAUGAAGAACUAAGGCUAAGGACAAUAAAUAUAAACGAAGAAAUUGAAAAAGGCCAGAACGACAUAAAGAAACUGAGGAGAGAAAACGAACAACUGAGGCGUGAGAUCUGGUCUCUUAGGGACGAGUGCGACAGGCUGCAGGAACUUCUCAAAAGGCAGGAGGAAGAAGACGAUGAAGACGAAACCGAAUAUGAGGAGGACGAACAAGAAAUUGAAACUAAGGUCGAAAGAAAUCAUACGAAGAAAUUCGAAGGAGAUGGUCUGAGUAUCGUCCCCGAGGAGCCAGAAGAAGCGACGACACCCGACUGCGUCCUACCACAAAUAACUUCAUUGAUUAAACAGGAAGUCAACAAUGAGAAAGGACUGCUGGAGUAUAAAGGAAGGCCAUCACCGUGUCUGCGGAUAAAUAGCGUUCAUCCGUUUACAGCAGCAGCCACGCUUGAUCUCGAUUUAUUUCCAGGGGUCACGGUAUUCGAGGUGAUAGAAGAUGCAAUCAAAGUUUGCCAAGGGGUCGUGGGAGUGAGACUGUUGUCUGGCUCUAUUUACAUAAGCUGUGAAUCAAAGGAGAGCUUGGAUUUGUUAAUAAACUCCGGUUUGAAACUGAGAAAUGAGCAAAUUUCUCUCUACGACGUUUCCCAAGGCACUGUCGUAUUGGACUUGAAAGGGGUUCCACAUCAUCUCACCGACUGCGAUCUGGCCCACGUCCUUUCUCAGUUCGGGCCUGUAAUUGGAGCUGUUGAAAGAAAAUUAUAUUGUGAUGUAGAUACUGGCGAAAGGUUGGCGAGGAUCAAGCCUCGAGUUUCAAUUCCAAAAAGGCUCUUCCUGCAGGGAAGCGAAAUUGUCAUGAGGCCGUUAGCUCACGAAGAACUUGUGAGACUUUCGAUUCAACAGUGUCCUUUAAAGCUUAACGUGAAGCUACCAGUACUAACUGAUAUUGCUGAUAUCAAAGAUACGCUACCGACAAACUCGACGUUGUCAGCGAGCUGCGAUACGGCUAAAUCCACUUCGGCUGAGCCUUUCGUAUUCCCAGGAAACUCUUCGGCCUCCACAGUGGAUUUGACGGCAAAAAUGGAGGAAAGGUGCCAGAGCGCUCCGAACAUCCGUAGUCAACAAGGAUCGCCGGUAAACACAGUCAGGAGAGGGAUAAGCGACGGAGAAGUGAAACGUGCUGUGAACAGGACGAGAAAAAUAUCCAAGAAGGGUCCGAGCCCUUUGCCUUCCUCCUCGUCCGAACAAGAUUCUCCGACUAAGCCGCGGAGAAGGAGAUCUUCCGUGCUGCAACCGCCGGUCAGUUUCGAAAAAGAAAUAUCGCCCAGUCUCAGUUCCAGGGCGAGUUUCAGAAGAAAACUGUCAGCGACCGGAAGGGAAACGGGAAAACUCCCUUGGUGCGCUUGCUGGGGAAACGGCUGUAUCUAGUGGCAUCACACCCUUGUAAAUUCUUCAAACGUACAUUCCAGAAAGUCAAUGGUAUUCGUCUAAGCAUUGUGAUAUAAAUAAAAAUGACAGUUGACGAUUUUAUUAUAUUUUAAUUUUGUUACGGUUACGCUGGUCAAAUCUUUGGUAAACCACGAAAUAUUUUAUUUCUGAAAACUUUCGAAACAACUUUGUAUCUAAUCGAUAACUCUUAUGUUUAUUAACAACGAUGACAACAUUAACUUA